AUGAACACAGAAGAGCUGGAGUUAUUGAGUGACUCCAAAUACAGAAACUAUGUAGCUGCAAUUGAUAAAGCACUAAAGAAUUUUGAAUACUCCAGUGAAUGGGCAGAUUUGAUAUCAGCACUUGGAAAACUUAAUAAGGUUUUACAAAAUAAUGCAAAGUACCAAGUGGUACCCAAAAAGCUGACCAUAGGCAAACGCCUAGCUCAAUGUCUACAUCCAGCAUUACCAGGUGGAGUUCAUCGGAAGGCACUUGAAACAUAUGAAAUUAUCUUCAAAAUCAUUGGACCUAAGCGACUUGCCAAAGAUCUUUUUUUAUAUAGUUCUGGACUAUUUCCUCUUCUUGCAAAUGCUGCCAUGUCGGUGAAACCAACAUUGCUAAGUUUGUAUGAGAUAUAUUAUCUGCCUUUGGGUAAAACACUGAAGCCUGGUCUACAAGGAUUGCUAACUGGUAUUCUUCCUGGCUUAGAAGAAGGAUCAGAGUACUAUGAGAGAACAAACACAUUAUUGGAAAAGGUUGCUACUGCAGUGGACCAGUCGGCAUUCUAUAGUGCCCUCUGGGGUAGUCUUCUAACCAGUCCUGCUGUGCGUUUACCUGGAAUCACGUAUGUUCUCGCCCAUUUGAACAGGAAGCUUUCCAUGGAAGAUCAGCUUUAUAUAAUUGGCAGUGAUAUUGAGCUAAUGGUAGAAGCAGUAAGCACUUCGGUGCAGGAUUCAAGUGUACUGGUACAGAGAAGCACACUGGACCUCAUACUCUUCUGUUUUCCAUUCCACAUGAGUCAGGCCACUCGACCAGACAUGAUAAGGAUCUUGUCAGCAGCCCUGCACGUAGUAUUAAGGAGGGAUAUGUCCCUGAACCGAAGACUUUAUGCCUGGCUUCUCGGACCCAGAAGCACAAGACACAGCAAUCCUGAAGAACACGCUACUUACUAUUUCACUACCUUUUCAAAAGAAUUGUUGGUGCAGGCAAUGGUGGGGAUCUUACAAGUGAAUGGAUUUGGAGAAGAGAGCACUUUAAUGCAGGAUCUAAAACCUUUUCGUAUUUUAAUCAGUUUACUGGACAAACCUGAGCUAGGACCUGUAAUUCUAGAAGACGUCCUCAUUGAAGUGUUUAGAACAUUGUAUUCUCAGUGUAAAGCAGAAUUGGAUCUUCAGAUGGAACCACCCUUCAGCAAGGAUCACGCUCAGUUAAGCAGUAAAUUAAGGGAAAAUAAGAAAACAGCAGAACUGAUUAAAACUGCCAACCUUCUCUUUAAUUCCUUUGAGCCUUAUUAUAUGUGGGAUUAUGUUGCACGUUGGUUUGAAGAAUGUUGUAGGAGGACACUGCAUGCCAGACUUCAGAUUGGGCCUGGAGAUGUUAACGACUCAUCUGAGUUACAGCUGACCAAUUUCUGCUUACUGGUGGAUUUUUUGUUGGAUAUAGUUUCUUUGCCUACUAGAAGUAUGAGGGUGCUGUGUCAGGAGACUUAUAUUGAAAUCCAGACAGAACACUUGCCCCAGUUGCUGCUCAGGAUGGUAUCUGCCCUGACAAGCCACCUCCAGACAUUGCACUUGACUGAACUCACGGAUUCUCUCAGGCUCUGCUCAAAGAUCCUUAGCAAGGUUCAACCUCCUUUGUUAUCUGCCAGCACUGGAGGUGUGUUGCAGUUUCCAAGUGGGCAGAACAACUCAGUCAAGGAGUGGGAAGACAAAAAGGUAUUAUCAGUUUCUCUUGAAAAUCCUACUGAAGUGUUUGAAGAUGGAGAAAAUCCACCAAGUAGUCGCUCCUCAGAGAGUGGAUUCACUGAGUUCAUACAGUAUCAAGCAGACCGAACUGAUGACAUCGACAGAGAACUGAGUGAGGGACCGGAGGCAGCUGCCAUCCCAAUUGGUAGCACAUCCUCCGAAACAGAAACGGCCUCCACUGUGGGAUCUGAAGAAACUAUCAUCCAGCCCCCUUCCAUAGUCACUCAGGGGGCAGCACCCCAAAGUGGGAAGACAGCCCAAAAAACUGCAAUGCAGUGCUGCUUGGAGUAUGUCCAACAGUUUCUCACCAGACUUAUCAACCUCUACAUCAUUCAGAGUAACUCUUUCUCUCAGGCUUUGGCUACAGAGCAUCAAGGGGAUCUUAUUCGAGAGCUAGGAGAGACUUCAGACUGGGACAGGGAUUCCCACGGUGGUGUAAAAGAGAGAAACAUAAGUAAACAAAAAACUUCAAAAGAAUACCUUUCUGCCUUCCUUGCUGCCUGUCAGCUCUUCCUGGAGUGCUCAAGCUUCCCAGUUUACAUUGCUGAGGGGAACCAUACCUCAGAGUUAUGUUCUGAAAAAUCAGAGACUGACUGGGAGCACGUGCAGCCUCCACUGUGGCUGCAGACGCUGAUGACCGCUUGUAGCCAAGCAAGUGAUUGCAGUGUGCAGAGCGCUGCGAUUUCACUAGUGAUGGAUCUGGUAGGACUGACUCAGUCGGUGGCCAUGGUCGCUGGGGAAAACAUCAACAGUGUGGAGCCUGCACAACCCUUAAGUCCAAAUCAGGGAAGAGUAGCUGUGGUUAUUAGACCUCCCCUCACUCCGGGCAAUCUGAGAUACAUAGCUGAGAAGACUGAUUUUUUCAAGCAUGUAGCUUUAACAUUGUGGAACCAGAUGGGAGAUGGGACACCUCAGCACCACCAGAAGAGUGUGGAACUGUUUUAUCAAUUACAUAACUUGGUUCCUUCUUCUAGCAUCUGUGAGGAUGUUAUAAGUCAGCAGUUGACCCAUAAAGAUAAGAAAAUAAGGAUGGAAGCACAUGCAAAAUUUGCAGUUCUUUGGCAUCUAACAAGGGACCUCCAUAUAAAUAAGUCUUCAUCUUUUGCACGGUCUUUUGACAGGUCACUGUUCAUCAUGUUAGACAGCCUUAACAGUCUCGAUGGUUCCACCAGCUCUGUGGGACAAGCCUGGCUGAACCAAGUCCUGCAAAGACAUGAUAUUGCAAGAGUUUUGGAACCACUGCUAUUGCUCUUGCUUCAUCCCAAAACUCAGAGGGUUUCAGUGCAGCGGGUACAAGCAGAACGUUAUUGGAAUAAGGCCCCCUGUUAUCCCGGAGAAGAGAAUGACAAGCAUUUCAUGCAGAAUUUUUCCUGCAAUAAUGUAAGCCAAGUACAACUCAUUGCAUCAAAAGGAAAUGGUGAAAAGACGCUUACCAUGGAUGAAAUAGAGAACUUCAGUCUUACUGUUAAUCCAUUAAGUGACAGACUGUCCCUUCUAAGUACAAGCAGUGAGACAAUUCCAAUGGUUGUAUCUGAUUUUGAUCUUCCAGACCAACAGAUAGAAAUACUUCAGAGUUCUGACUCUGGAUGUUCUCAGUCCUCUGCUGGGGACAACUUGAGUUACGAAGUUGAUCCUGAAAACGUGAAUGCACAAGAGGAUUCCCAGAUGCCAAAUGCAGGCUCCGCAGAUGAUGAUGUUCAGCAGGUUGUCUUUGACCUGAUAUGUAAAGUCGUAAGUGGCCUCGAAGCAGAAUCUGCAUCAGUGCCCUCUCAGUUAGAAAUCGAAGAUAUUCCCCCAAAGGACAAUGAUGUAGAUCCAGGCGAGGAGAUGAUUAAAAGUGAGGAUCAGUCCGCUCAGCAGAGUCAGAUUGCUUUGCCGAGUAACGAAAAUUCUCAGUUUUUGUCUGUGUCUGCAGAGGAAGGCUGUGAGUGUGUGCCAAAUGGAAUCUCCAGAAAUAGCUCCUCACCUUGUAUUUCAGGAACCACACAGAUUUUCCAUGACUCUUCUGUUGCUUCUACAGAAACCAGAUCUAGACAGAGAAGUCACAGUAGUAUUCAGUUCAGCUUCAAAGAAAAAUUAUCAGAAAAAGUCUCAGAGAAAGAAACAAUUGUUAAGGAGUCAGGUAAACAACCAGGAGCAAAACCUAAAGUAAAACUUGCCAGAAAAAAGGAUGAUGACAAGAAAAAAACUUCAAAUGAGAAACUCAAACAAACCAGUGUUUUCUUCAGUGAUGGUCUGGAUUUAGAGAACUGGUAUAGCUGUGGAGAGGGAGAAAUUUCUGAAAUUGAGAGUGACGUGGGUUCUCCAGGAUCACGGAGAUCUCCCAAUUUCAACAUCCAUCCGCUCUAUCAACAUGUGCUUUUGUAUCUCCAGUUGUAUGAUUCAUCAAGGACUCUGUAUGCUUUUUCUGCCAUCAAGGCCAUCUUGAAAACUAACCCCAUUGCUUUUGUAAAUGCCAUUUCAACCACUAGUGUAAAUAAUGCAUAUACUCCUCAGUUGUCUCUGCUUCAGAAUCUAUUGGCCAGACACCGGAUUUCUGUUAUGGGCAAAGAUUUUUAUAGUCACAUUCCUGUGGACUCGAAUCAUAAUUUCCGGAGUUCUAUGUACAUAGAAAUCCUUAUUUCCCUCUGCUUAUAUUACAUGCGUAGCCAUUACCCAACUCAUGUCAAGGUUACGUCACAAGAUUUAAUAGGCAAUCGAAACAUGCAGAUGAUGAGCAUCGAAAUUUUGACACUCCUCUUUACUGAGCUGGCAAAAGUCAUAGAAAGCUCUGCAAAAGGUUUCCCUAGUUUUAUCUCUGAUAUGUUAUCUAAGUGCAAAGUUCAGAAAGUGAUUCUUCACUGUUUGCUGUCAUCUAUCUUUAGUGCACAGAAAUGGCACAGUGAAAAGAUGGCAGGUAAGAACAUGGUUGCUGUGGAAGAAGGUUUCUCAGAGGACAGCCUGAUCAAUUUCUCAGAAGAUGAAUUUGACAGUGGCAGCACACUCCAGUCACAGCUUCUUAAAGUGCUUCAGAGGCUCAUUGUUCUAGAACACAGGGUAAUGACUAUCCCUGAAGAGAAUGAAACGGGUUUUGAUUUUGUGGUAUCUGAUCUGGAACACAUCAAUCCGCAUCAGCCCAUGACUUCUCUUCAGUAUUUGCAUGCCCAGCCAAUCACAUCUCAAGGCAUGUUCCUCUGUGCGGUGAUACGAGCUUUACAUCAACACUGUGCUUGUAAGAUGCACCCACAAUGGAUUGGUUUAAUCACAUCUACUCUGCCUUACAUGGGAAAAGUUCUACAGAGAGUGGUUGUUUCUGUGACACUACAGCUUUGCAGAAAUCUAGAUAACCUAAUUCAGCAGUACAAAUAUGAAACAGGAUUAUCUGAUAGUAGGCCUCUGUGGAUGGCAUCAAUUAUUCCACCAGAUAUGAUUCUUACCCUUUUGGAAGGGAUCACAGCCAUUAUCCACUACUGUUUGUUGGACCCUACUACACAGUAUCACCAACUUUUGGUCAAUGUAGACCAGAAACACCUGUUCGAAGCCCGCAGUGGAAUCCUCUCGAUCCUUCACAUGAUCAUGUCCUCUGUGACACUGCUUUGGAGCACACUGCAUCAGGCCGAUUCUUCGGAAAAGAUACCCAUUGCUGCAUCCGCCUCUGUUACCACUAUUAAUCUUGGAGCCACAAAGAACUUGAGACAGCAGAUCCUAGAAUUAUUGGGGCCCAUUUCAAUGAAUCAUGGUGUUCACUUUAUGGCUGCCAUCGCCUUUGUAUGGAAUGAAAGAAGACAGAACAAAACCACCACUAGGACCAAGGUUAUUCCUGCAGCCAGUGAAGAACAGCUUUUACUAGUAGAACUGGUUCGUUCAAUCAGUGUCAUGAGAGCAGAAACGGUCAUACAGACUGUGAAAGAAGUUUUAAAGCAGCCCCCAGCCAUAGCCAAGGACAAGAAACAUCUUUCUCUGGAAGUCUGCAUGCUUCAGUUUUUCUAUGCUUAUAUUCAAAGAAUUCCAGUGCCCAAUUUAGUGGAUAGCUGGGCAUCAUUGUUGAUACUUCUGAAAGACUCCAUACAAUUGAGCCUUCCAGCCCCAGGGCAGUUUCUUAUACUUGGGGUUUUGAAUGAGUUUAUUAUGAAAAACCCUAGUUUGGAAAAUAAAAAAGACCAAAGAGACCUCCAGGAUGUGACUCAUAAAAUAGUGGAUGCGAUUGGUGCAAUCGCGGGUUCUUCUUUGGAACAGACAACAUGGCUGCGGCGAAAUCUUGAAGUUAAACCUUCUCCCAAAAUAAUGGUAGAUGGAACCAAUUUGGAAUCUGAUGUUGAAGAUAUGUUAUCACCUGCAAUGGAAACCUCAAACAUAACUCCUUCUGUAUAUAGUGUCCAUGCAUUGACAUUACUCUCUGAGGUUUUGGCUCAUCUUUUGGAUAUGGUUUUCUACAGUGAUGAAAAAGAACGGGUUAUUCCUUUACUUGUAAAUAUCAUGCAUUAUGUUGUGCCCUACCUCCGAAAUCACAGUGCACAUAAUGCCCCUAGUUAUCGAGCCUGUGUCCAGCUGCUUAGCAGCCUUAGUGGGUAUCAGUACACACGGAGAGCUUGGAAAAAAGAAGCCUUUGACCUCUUUAUGGAUCCCAGCUUCUUUCAGAUGGAUGCCUCUUGUGUUAAUCAUUGGAGAGCAAUUAUGGACAAUCUGAUGACACAUGAUAAGACGACAUUUAGAGAUUUGAUGACUCGUGUAGCUGUGGCUCAGAGCAGUUCACUUAAUCUCUUUGCAAACCGUGACGUGGAGCUAGAGCAGAGAGCCAUGCUUCUGAAGAGAUUAGCAUUUGCUAUUUUUAGCAGUGAAAUUGACCAGUAUCAGAAAUAUCUUCCAGAUAUACAAGAGAGAUUGGUUGAGAGUCUCCGUUUGCCCCAGGUGCCAACUCUUCACUCUCAAGUGUUCCUGUUCUUCAGAGUGUUACUUUUAAGAAUGUCUCCACAACACCUUACCUCACUCUGGCCUACCAUGAUCACAGAACUUGUACAGGUAUUUUUACUGAUGGAGCAGGAACUCACUGCUGAUGAAGACAUUUCACGGACUUCAGGCCCCUCUGUGGCUGGUCUGGAGACAACCUACACAGGAGGUAAUGGCUUUUCUACUUCAUAUAACAGCCAGCGGUGGUUAAACCUCUAUCUUUCUGCUUGCAAAUUUUUGGAUCUGGCUCUGGCAUUGCCUUCCGAAAAUCUUCCUCAGUUUCAGAUGUACCGAUGGGCCUUUAUUCCAGAAGCCUCAGAUGAUUCCGGUUUGGAAGUGAGAAGGCAGGGCAUACAUCAACGAGAAUUUAAACCUUACGUAGUACGACUUGCAAAGCUUCUUCGGAAAAGGGCAAAGGACGAGGAGGACUUUAAGACAGUGACUUUGGAGGGACUGGACAUGGCCAAGCAUCAGAAAAACCCGGAGGAGGACAACUCAGGGAGAGCGCUGGGCUGGGAGCCGGGGCACUUGCUGCUCACCGUCUGCACGGUGCGCAGCCUUGAGCAGCUCUUGCCAUUCUUCAACGUGCUCAGCCAAGUGUUCAACAGCAAAGUCACCAGCCGAUGCGCAGGACACUCAGGGAGCCCCGUCCUCUACUCAAACACCUUCCCGAGCAAGGACAUGAAGCUGGAAAACCACAAACCAUUUUCCAGCAAAGCCAGGCAAAAAAUAGAAGAGAUGGUAGAAAAAGAUUUUCUGGAAGGGGUGAUAAAAACUUGA